AUGGCUGUGGCUGUGGUUGGUUUUGACGUUGGGAGCUUAACUUCGUACAUCGGGGCCGCAAGAGCCGGAGGCAUCGAAGUUCUGGCCAACGAAUACAGUGACAGAUGCACACCGUAAGUCCUGUUUUUGUCAUUAUUGUCGCCAGGACGUGCGUGUCCUUCUCAAAAGGCUCUCGCUGCGUGGGUACGUCGGCUGAACAGCAGAGUAUCACAAACCUAAAGAACACUGUCACGACAUUCACUCGCCUCCUCGGAAAAAUGUACAAUGAUGAAAUUGUUGCAAAGGAGGUGGAGUACGCCCUCUACCGUAUCAAGCCCGAUAAGGAUGGUCGUGCUGGCGUGGAGGUAGGUCUUUCCUGAAAGUCUAGAUUGCUCAGGUUGAAGUUGACGGACAACCCCUAGUUUUGCUGCCCGAACAGUUGCUAGCCAUGCAGCUGCACAAAUUAGUGGACAUAGCGGAGAAAGCUCUUUCGAGCAAGGUGGUGGACAUAGUCCUCAACGUGCCGACUUAUUACAGCGACCGCGAAAGAAGAGCGGCUUUGGACGCUGCCCGCAUUGCAGGUCUAAACUGUGUACGCAUUGUCAACGACACCACAGCCAGUAUGUAAACUGUUUUAAAUCGAUACGCCUAUUAGUUGGAAUUGCAUAUGGCAUAUACAACAGAGAUUUACCAGGGCCGGAGGAGGCUCCAAGAAACGUUGCUUUUGUUAGUUUAGGAAAUUCAAGCCUUCAAGUGUCCAUAAGCGCAUUUAAUCAAGGAAAGAUGAAGGUCCUUUCCACGGCUUCCGACCCCUGCCUUGGCGGACGUGACUUCGAUAUGUGCAUAUUCAAGCAUAUGGCUGAAGAAAUCAAAGAGCAAUACAAGAUUGAUGUAAGCCGUUCCACACUUGCUGUCAUUUUUUCAGGUUUUCAAGUCACCGAAGUCACGAGCACGUCUAUUAAAAAGCUGCGAAAAACUGAAAAAGGUGAUGAGUACUAACUCGACGGACAUCCCUCUCAACGUUGAGUGUUUAACGGAAGACCGAGAUUUCAGCUCAAGCAUGAAACGAGAAUUCUUCGAGGUACGUAGAAUUCAUCAGUAACACAAUUUUCAAGGAUUUGUGUCAACCUCUCCUGAUAAGGGUCAGAAAUACCCUUCAGCGGGCUCUUGAUGCCGCUGGCCUGAAGCCUGACAAUGUCCAGUUUGUGGAAUUAGUUGGGGGAGGCACCCGCAUCCCGGCAGUCAAACGGAUAGUGGCGGAUGUCUUCGGAAAAGAGGGCCGAACAACCCUUAAUGCCGAUGAAGCUGUCGCACGAGGAUGCGCCCUACAGGUAAGGAGUCAGAGCUAGCUUUUUCAGUACUUUCACGCCCUAUAAUAAGCUACACGUCAGCAUUUUUCCAGAAGUCGCCUAGUAUACUUGAUCUAGCGAUUAAUUUUAAGCUCAGUCCAUCAGACUCUAGGUGGUGGCGUUAGGCAUCUCUAGCGGACGACGCUUUUGCCUGCAAACGUUUCAGACAACCUCGUUAGCUUACAUCCAGCACGAAGAUAUCCCGGCCCUUGUAUAGCCACAACUGCCGUCCAUCUACUGAGUUACUCCUUGAUGCAGUAGAAAUGAAAAAAGAGCAGGCCGCCUGUCAAGAACUGUCCAGAUUAGAUGUAUAGGCGCGGUUCAACACUGUUGGCUGACCGGCCGCCCGGCCUUCGGCACAAAUUUGAUGGGUAGUUACCCUCGUCAGGCCAAAGCUACGCUGCCGCCGCUCCAGCGUUUAGAAAAGGUUACAGAUCUCUUUGUAUGCGCCAAAUUGAUCCUAAUCCUGCCAUUUCGUUAGUCCCCGCGGUCGUCCCUCUCAACCGUUCUAAUUUAUUCCGCAACACACAGGCAAAAGAAACAAGUAUAGUUUUUGGCCGAGUGUGGAAUAUACUGACCAGUACUGCAAUUUUUGCAAAAGCCUUAAACACCCUGUUAACUUCAGUCUGCCUUCUCGUUGUUUCGUGAAUUACACCCACCUCUGUCGAUUCAUCAUACCGAUACUUUACAGAACAAGUGCCAAAGUCCGUUCGAAUAGCGAGAAUAGUGACUUUAAGCACACCUGGUAUCCUUACGGGGUGUAUUCCCUUACCAGCUCUUCCCAGCCGCUUAUAAGUUGAAUUUUAUGACAUCUCUCCCCCCCUCCCCCCACGUUUAAGUCACCGUCCUGCAUAACUCCAACAUUAGAUUCCUAGCUUUACCUGAGAAUCGUUAACAGUUAGCCGACAACGCAGUGACAGACCUCUUCUGAGUACGUGUUAGCGUGCAACCAAUCCCUUUAAGUGGUUGCUGUGUGGCAUCAUUGGAAUUUUUCGAGCCCUGUAAUAGUCUUAAAGCAUGCUGUUGUUGUGCUCUUAGGCAUGCGAAUGCGCGCCUCAAUAUCGGCAUCUUUCAGUAAGCCACAUAUGGGACUUUUAAGUCGCGUUCUCUUUGGCUGCACAGUCAUAAAGGAGCAAAGGAGUAUGUAAUGGAUGUUUUGCCAUCGCAACCAUCGUUUCCAGUUGAAGCUGAAGACCGCACAUACAUCUAGACCGUCGCCAAUGUUUUACAGGGUCUUUUUCGAAAUUAAACCAAAAAUCCAUUGUAUUACCUGCUGAAACCCCUCCCCACCCAGAACAGGUUUCCUCAUGCUUUAUACAGCUUUCAUUUUCUUGUACCAGUUACUCUAACUGUAUGAAUGAUUUAUAACACGAUUUCCGUUCCAGGCUGCCAUCUGUUCACCGGCCUACAAGGUUCGAGAAUUUGCUGUGGUGGACGCUUGUCAGUACUCAAUCUGCAUCCAGGAAGUGGAUAAGGGUGCCACGAUGGCGCAGGAAAUAUAUCCGGAAUUGGCUCCUUUCCCCUCCUCCAAACAACUUACGUAUUAUAAGAAGUCUGACUUCGGCUUGAGGGCCGUCUACUCAGCGCCAGCCAGCCUGCACAUAAAAGAUCCGGAAAUCGGGUCCUUCCAGGUCCUGAAUAUAGUGCCUGAAAAUGAUGCUGCUUGUGAAGUUCGCAUCAAAGUGCGCGUCGAUGCCAAUGGAAUCUUUUCAGUCCGCAAAGCGUCCAUUGUAGAUAAGGUCGAAAAGGAAGUUGAGGUGCCAAUAGAAGAAAAGCCGAGCGAUCCGGCCCAAAAAAUGGAAACGAAGGCUGAAGGUGAUAGCCAGUCGGAUGCCGUCGAGGCGACAGAGGGGGGCAACCCAACCCCACAACAACCGGAACCUAUGGCGGUCGACGGUGUUACCACCGCGGGCCCUCCGCAGCCAGAGAAACCAAAAACGCAGAAGGUUAAGAAACUGGUUUCCCGCCUACGGGACGUCUCCGUGAAUACGAGUAAUAAACAGUUAACCCCGGCACAGGUUAUAGAAUUCACCGAAUUUGAGGUGAGUAGUUUCUCUAAGAGGAGUUUUAUACGACACUGCCCACUUAACUCUUACUUACGGCUUCAUUAGACUUUCUCCGAGCUUGAGCGACUUGUAGUUUUGUAAUGCUAUCUACAUUAGACUUAGCAGGUAACUACAACGUCAUCGCUACUUCACAAACGGUCUCGCGUCACAUUGGUUGAAAUCGGGGAUACUUAGCCGCAUGAGAGUGGCCUGAACCGAUCUAUCCGGGUUGCAGGACGGAAAGGAGCAGUCCGUGAUUGGAGCAUCGCUGGAUGAUAGCUGUAGAUAAGUCAAAAAUCGCCAUUCCCGCGUCUUUGCCCUUGUCGGUAGACUUUCUGUGUAGAUGAUUUUCUCGAAUGUAGGCGAAAGUUCCAGUUCCAGGUGUAUAUGUAAGGGAUCUUCUGGCCGACACAAACAGUUAUGGAUUUAAGAUGGUAGUCAGUUAGUUCGAUUUCCCCAAAAGCGGGACUUGGCAAGUGUGGUUUUAGACUCUCAGCUCACGCGAUGUAAUUGAGUCAGUUGUGAGUUGCCGAACUGAGCUUCAUUUGAGACCCAUUCUGGCCUCUGCGAACUGUUGCUAAAUACUUUGUGUUUUUAUGAUGCCAUAGUCUUUUGUCCACGUGUGCAAUAUUUUUCUGUCGUCCACUUAUUGAAUUCAAGAUCCAUACGCAUCCAUUUGUUGCUAUCUUAUGGCACCUUUCCUUUUACUAGGCGAAGCUAGAUCAGCAGGACAAGUUGGAACGAGACCGUCAGCACUGGAAGAAUUCCCUAGAAGAAUAUGUCUACGAUCUUCGAUCAAAACUAGAGGGUCCCCUCUCACAAUUUGUUCUAAAAGAGGAGAGAUCUAACUUCUCUCAACAGCUGACGGACGCGGAGGAUUGGGUCUACGGUGAUGGGGAGUUUGCUAAGCGAAGCGAGAUUCAACAGCGCCUAGAGGAGCUGAAAAGUGCGGGUGAACGGUACAAAAAACGCAUGACUGAGAGUGAGCGCCGUCCAGGUGCUGUCGAUACGCUAAGCCGGGCAUGCAUGGUAAGUCUUCAGCUAGCUCUGUGAUUGCGCCAGACAUUCCUUGUGAGGUCCCAUAGCGUUUAUUUAUUUGAAAUUAUAGACAAGGAGUUGCGCGUCUUGGAAGGCGUCUUGUUACGCGUUAUGACAAGUUGUGUGCUUUGGUCUAUUUUUGCGUGUUAGGCGUUGGACAGAACCUCUAUGCCGUGUCAGCCGCUGCGCCCAAUCUAAUCUCCAGUCAGCUUGACCCUGAACUGUCGCGUGUGAGGAGGGAAAGUAAAGUCAUUCCUGCCUUGAUCGGACGCUCAGGCUCCCAAGCUCUCUUUGAAGUUCGCAAGGCUGUUAGAGGGUUGCCAGUUGACGGGAUAACUCAGUUUCUCUCCGCACUGAGGGCUAGGAUGCAGUGGCUUUUUAACACGUCCCUUGUGGCAUUGUUUAUGAGAUCCAACCUCCCUCGGUGAAGCCUGGCGCUUGUGAAGUUAUCGACUAGGUCGUGCGUAAUGCACAGACAGGCUAGCAGGCUUUGCUUGCGACUGAGCUUACGCCCCCGCACCCGCUCGUCCCGGCAAUGUCUUAUCAAUCGAGCACUGUAGUCGGGAAGGGAAUGAAGUCAAGCGAAUUCAUUACGAGUCUGCUUCGCUAUAAAGAAGUCAGCGCGCAAGUCACUAAUCAGUCCCUCAGAGGUGACUCUCUUUACUCGCGACACUUAUUAGUCCUAGCAGCGGAAGGUCCUAUUCACAGCUGGUAUCAGAACUGUUUCGAACGACCUUUUUCAAAUCGUCUUCGGAUUUUCACCCCUCACAUAUUGACUUUCUUAAGCACUACCGCAAAAUUCUGGACCAGUACUCCGCAAAGGACCCUGCCUACGACCAUCUUCUCAAAGAAGACAUGGAUAAGGUUGCAGGUUGGCUGAAGGAGACGGAGACAUUCCUCUACUCCACAACUAGCGCCAUAGCUGCAAUGAAACCAACGGACGACCCCUCUAUCACGGCCGAUCAGAUCUUAUCGGAGGCCACGGUAGGCUUGUAUUUUAAUUUACUCAGGUCUUUAUUCGCACUAAUGAGUUUCACUACGAACUAGUGGCCAUUAGUGGACAUUAGCCAUCAAAUAUAUAAAGAUCUUUAACUCAUUUAACACCACGAUGGACAGCCAACUGAAGAUUUGCGAAAAUAUUUGUUGAACUGCGAAUGAUUGAUGUUUUGACGAUUUCAGAACCUUGAGGCUCGCUGCAAACCCAUCGUUACCCGACCAAAACCAGCACCGCCUGCGCCCAAGGCAGAGGCUGGUGAGAAGGGCUCUGAGUCUGUGAGCAAUCCUGCAGCGAAGGGAACACCAAAGAAGUCGAAGGACGUCAAGGCAAAUGGAGUAGACCCCGCUGGUCAGGAAAUGGAUGUGGAUUAG